AUGGAUUUGGAACGUAAAAAGGAAUUAGAAGAGAAAAGGCAAAAGCUUGCUAAACUUAGGCAACAGAGAGAAGAGCGUAAACUCUAUAGUCAAAACACGACUAUAAGCGAGCCUGCUUAUAGAACUGAUCCGGAAAAGGAUCGUAAGAUUGAUGAAUAUGUUAAAACAUUGUUAGCUGAGACGAAAGAGAAUAAAGUAGCAGAUAACAUUAAUGUUUGCGAAGAAUACUCAGUUAAAAAAACCACGGAAUUUCUGAGGGGAAAAUUUCCGAAACUAACAUUGACCCUCUUGAACCAAAAAGAGAAUGCCACAUCGAGUAACCCUUGGGAGUGGCUCG